UUGUUUGUUUUUAGGUGAAAGUUAACAGCACAGAAAUGUUCAGGUUUGAGCCUAUGUCAGAAAAAAGCAACUGUCGUAAUUCAGAAACUGUUUUUGAGUUUGCUGCCUGUGCUGUUCAAAUCUUCUGGAAACCAGAGACAUCUAAAGAAACUUUCAUAAGCAUAAAACAAUAUGGAGAAGAUAUUUGUUUCAAAAUACAGCCCUUCAAAACUGAACCAUACACUGUGAGUGUGAAGCGAGAAAUGCUAGAUGGAAAGCUCUUGGUUUUGUUUGUAGCUGGAAUUUUUCUGUUCCAUUUUGCAAACAGCCUGAGCAGGAGUACCAAGUUCUUUUACCUUUCUGGAAUAAUACUGGGUGUUCUUGCUCUGCUAGUUUUUGUCCUGCUGACACUAAAAAGGUUUAUUCCAAGGCACAGUACCUUCUGGAUCUUAAUGAUUGGCUGCUGGAUGUCCUCUCUCUAUUUUAUUUACUGCUUCAAAGAGAAUAUGCAGUGGUUGUGGUCUGAACACAGAAACUACUUGUUGGGGUAUUUCCUGGCUGUUGGAAUUGCCAGCUUUGCCACAUGCUAUCAGCACGGGCCGCUUACCACUGAAGUGAGCAUAACCUUGUUUACGUGGACGCUACAAUUAACAGCCUUUGUCUUGAUUUAUUGUGGUGUCACCAUACCUCAAGUGGCGUAUGCAGUGAUAGCGGUCAGCCUCUGCUCCAAAGGCCUGGGUUACCCCCUCGGUGCUGCUUGGCACAUGGGCAGAAAAGUGAAGAACCACUUUAAAUCAAAAAAGUUAGUGUUUAAAUACCUUACUGAAGAGGAGUAUCGAGAACAAGGUGAAACAGAAACUGUCAGAGCUCUGGGGGAGCUACGCUCAUUCUGCAGGAACCCUGACUUCCCAUCAUGGUUAGCUGUAUCCAGACUCCAGUCCCCACACAGGUUUGCAGGUUUUGUUCUGGGCUCUCCCCACGUCUCACCUGCAGAAACAAAGGCGCACGAUGAGGAAUACGGCAUUGGGAGCUGCUUCUUGGAAGAGCAGCUCUUUGAGACCAGGGCAGGAUCUGAGCAAGAUGAACCAGCCAAUUCCAUCCAUGAGGGAGAUGAGGAGGAUGAAGAUGAAAUGCAUAAGCAAAUUCCAUUUCCAUAUGCUACAGAGUUGCUCUGAGCUUUGGGAAAUAACCAAAAAAAAAAAGCAGGGAAAACACAUUUGUCCUAGAAAGGAAGAAUACAGACUAAGAGAUCACGCUUGGUGAUUUCUUCUGAUUGCUGGUGGACAAACAAGGAUUUUUGAAAAAAACCUGUUUCUUCUAUCACUGAUGUUGCCUGAUUAGAGCAACAGAAGGAAACCACAGGGGCUGUUCAAGUGAAGAGGAUUCUUAUGCUAUCGGUACUUAACGGGGGAAGGAAAUGUUGCUUAUUUCCAAAGCAAGUACUGGCAGCAGCCUGUCCCACCAGGACGCCUUGUUUUUCCAAGGAUACUACCUCUAGAGAACAGAGAAUCUGUUUUUGCCCUUUUCAUUGUCAAAGUCCUCUGUGCUGAGCACUAGAGGGAGGAGAAGCCAUUAAUAAGACUCUACUUUUCCUAAGUACCUGAUGUGUCAACAAUUUUCAUAAUGCUGUUAGUGUGAUGAUAAACUAUUUUUAUUGUUUGUGGGACUCCUCAGUGCUAAAGAUCAAUAGAGAGUUAACACAGCUGAAUGAGGUCUGUUUGCUCUUCUGGCCAGGCUUCAUUUUGCCUCUCCACCAUUUGUUUUAAGCUCCUCUCACUCUUCAAAACCCUGCCUGAAUUUUCACCCUCUGCUUGCAUUUUUCUGUUCUUGGUCUCUGCUCUAGUUACAUUGCAGUUUGUUCUUUCCAUGUCUUUAUUUCUUUACAUACUCCUCUUCCCUCUUCUACAGGUCCCUCUCUGCUGUACGUUUCCUCAGUUCUCUGCUUCUCCACCUCUGACAACUGCAGAUGAUUUAGGAGAGGAUUUCCAUCCCCAAAAUGUAUUUUUACCAUUCCUUUCAAUUUCAUCUUACUUCAGAUGGAUUCUGGCCUCCGUUCCAGGCCUCUCAGCAGCCCAGAAAAGACAACAAAGGCUGAGGCUGAUUCAGCUGCUUGGAGGAACUCCUGUCAGCAGCGCCAGAGUGAUGCUGUAACCAUGUAAUUGGCCAUACAGAUAACCCACAGAUAGCUCCACUCUCCUGAGCUUACUCAAUACUUUGCUCAUCAAUAGAAAGUGGAAGGUAAUUCCAAAACAAGGAGGGAGGGGUACCUGGCUCCCACCUCCCCUUCUUCAGCCCUCUUUGGGACUUAGCAUAGGAGGUGUGUGGGGAGGAAAAGAACAGGGAGAGAAAUUUAGAUGUCUUAUCUAUAUUACACAGUCCUAUUUUACCUAUGCAAUGUGCUAAAGAGGAACCUCCUCCCCCCUAAAAAUAGGCAAUUGCAUUUUUCAGGCACUGUUUCUUUUUCUAAAUUAUUUAGAACAAUACCACAUACACCUGCUCCCUAAAAAAAAAUAAAAUUCAACCCACGUUAUAUGGAGUUAUGAAGUCCAUCAUUUGCCAGGGAUGCCUAAAUACUAUCCAGAGUAGAGCAGGAAACUGCUAAGGACAUCCAAGAUGGAAUUAUAGCAACAUAUGAGAAAGAUGAAAACUACUUUAGUGAAUAGCUGAUACCGACCUUAAAAAGCCCCGCAAGCAUGUUCCAACGUUGGAAGCAUUUAAUAAACAAAACCCACCAAAACCAACUGCUGUCAUUUGAGCCCUUUGCCAAAAGUGAGUUUACUUGCACAGUGCUCCUGUGAUACACAGAGAUUACAUAGGUUUACUGAAACACAAGUGUUAAGUGCUGUCCAGUGUUCAGCCACAAGAUCUGGGAACAGAAUCUAGAUGUUAAUCCAUUGCCAUAACCAUUCUAAAAAAACCUCUCUUUCUUAACAAAGGAUGAGUUACGUUUAUCUUCUGUUUCACAGUAUUUAAAAAGUUAGAUUUCAUAUUUAUUUUGUAUUCACAGUACAGCAUACUUUAUAGAUUGUCUUGUACUUUCAAGAUUUUUUUAAAUAAAACUAUUUUUCAACUA